CCGGCUUCUGACAGCGAGUCGAGUCCGGUAGUGUAAGCGUAGACGCCACGGUCCCUCCAUCCCGCCAGGUCUGCUUGUUUUCUGACACACCGGCUGUCAACGGCUCCGCUCCUCCGGUAGCACACAUUCACUCAGGUAGCCCGGUAGUGUACGGAGAGUUAGUUCGGUUAGACUCUACUUAGCCCGGCAAGUUAGUGUUGCUACUGACGGGCGGAGCUGUCUCUGUCUGUCCAGGAAUGAGAAAUGAUGGCCGGCUCUGCAGCAGAGGAGAAAACCUUCCGACGGUUCCUGGAGCUCUUCCUCCGGGAGAUGAGAAUGCCUCUGCAGGAGAGCGACCCGGUGCCGUUGCGCCCCUUGUCGGACCUUGUGACCGAGGACGAGGUGGAGGGGGAAUGUCUGGACCUGUGUCUUCAGCACCUCUACAAAUAUAACUGUCCGUGCUCCCUGGCCGCAGCCCUGGCCAGAGCCACCGCAGACAGCCUCCUGCAGACUGACCUCUCCAUCCACCACCUCAACAAGACUGUAGAGGAUGGAGCUGACCCAUUACCACAGAUGGAGUCUGUGAAGCUGGCCCGCCUGGUGUUUAACAGACUCUUUGAAAUGUGCUGCCUCUGGCUGAAGGAGCUGCCCUUCCGCCGCCGCCCACAGCCGUACUACGAAACAUCGAUACACGCCAUCAAGAACAUGAGGCGCAAGAUGGAGGACAAGCAUGUCAUCAUCCCUGACUUUAACUCACUUUUCAACAUUCAGGAUCAGGAAGAGCAGGCUUACUUUGCUGUGUUUGAUGGUCAUGGCGGUGUAGAUGCUGCCAUUUAUGCUGCCAACCACCUUCACGUCAACUUAGUUCAGCAGGAAUCCUUCAGCCAGGACCCGAGCGAGGCGCUCUGCAGAGCCUUCAAAGUCACAGAUGAACGCUUUGUGAAGAAGGCCUCACGAGAGCAUCUGCGCUGUGGCACAACAGGCGUGGUGACCUUCCUCAGGGGCCGGACGUUGUAUGUGGCCUGGUUGGGAGACUCACAGGUCAUUCUGGUCAGAAAAGGACAAGUUGUGGAACUGAUGAAACCACACAAACCAGACAGAGAGGAUGAGAAGCAAAGGAUUGAGGCUCUGGGAGGCUGUGUGAUCUGGUUUGGUACAUGGAGGGUUAACGGCAGUCUUUCUGUAUCCAGAGCAAUAGGUGACUCAGAACAUAAGCCCUAUAUCUGCGGUGAUGCAGACCACAGUAUCUUCCCAUUGGACGGUACAGAGGACUACUUGAUUCUGGCCUGUGAUGGAUUCUGGGAUACAGUGGGUCCAGACGAGGCAGUGCGGGUGGUCAGUGAUCACCUCCAGGAGAACAGCGGAGACACCACCAUGGUUGCCCACAAGCUGGUGGCCUCUGCCCGAGACGCAGGCUCUAGUGAUAACAUCACUGUCAUCGUGGUCUUCUUGAGAGACCCACGCUCCCCACCCCCCACCAGCACAGAGGAUGAGGAGGAGGGCGUGGUGGAGGGAGAGGUAGAGGAGGAGGAGGUGGCCGAGGUGGAAGAAGAGGAGCAGGAGGAGGAGGAAGAGGAGGAGGAAGAUGAGACGGUUAGGGUAGAGCGUGACAGCGGUGAGGCAGGCAGCACUGCGGACAUCGGGGGGAAAAAUCGCGGAGGCUGGCCCCUGCAGCAGUGCUCAGCUCCUGCUGACCUCACCUAUGAAGACCGAGCGGACUCGUUCACGGACAGAACCACCCUCAGCAUGCUGGGACCGUCGCUGGAGGGCCGCAUCUCCCUGACCCGCAGCUCCCAGCAGCUCCGCUCCUUCUUUAGCUCCAACAUCUUUACAACCUCCCACAUCAACCGAGGGAAGCGCCCACUGAGGCGCAGAUCCUGUAUCCCCUUUCAGGAUCCCAACACCUCUAGCUUCACGGACCUGCUGUGGCCUCAGACAGCCACUCUGUUAGGCCCUGCAAUGAGGCAAAGCCGCAGGCUCGGCUACGGUAGCCACCGGUGGAACCGGAGGUGGGCAGGCACAUCCAAGGAGCUGCUAGGUCUGUUGCCAUUUGGCUACUUAGUGCCGCAGAUGCAGCGCUACUCCAACUGCAGGCCUGGAGUGGCAGUGCCUCACCUGCCCCACAGUGCUACCAUCUGAAGACGUGGCCCAAACCAAACCACCCCCCCCCCCCAUUAUUUCAGUCCUGCUACCUGCCCCUCAUCCCUCCCUCCGACCUCUGCCUUCAACAACACAUCCUUCUUUGAUAGUAGGCCAUUUGUGGCUCCUGCAGUCGUUAUGUGAUUAUUGAUUCUCUGUCAGGGGAAUGAUGCUCUCUAUCCUAAGCCAAAAUGUUUCCAAAUGUAAGCUGCCCGACUAAAAAUAAGCCCUGCUCCUUAAUGCUUUAGGUCAAGUGCAAAACUGCAUCCUCUCCAUUGUGACCCAUAAUCUGCCAAGCAAAAAGGCUGGAAGUGCAGUCGCUGUUGAACUGCAAAAGUUGAAGGGAAGGCAAAAGUUUCAAUGCUUUCAUUUUGAACCCAUGGGGAGGUUUUGCUUGGCUGUUUCACAUUCAGACAGCAUCUUUAGACACAUCAUGUUAUUUGACUGUGACAUUUGUAGCUCAGGAGUAUGUAUGUGAGCAUAUUACUACCUUAACAUGAUAUAAUGACAGUCAGCACUCUUCUCAAACUCUGUUUGAAACACAACAUUGGAUCGAGGUUGCUUUAAGGGUCAAUUUUAAGCCCAACGUAAACACUAAGGUGCAUUUUACUUUAAAAAUCUGUCUUUGACUGAAAGUAGACUCACGGCUUAUGUUUAUGAUCCCUCAGUUAGCACAUAAAGAUAUAUAUCCCCUCAUGUCUAAAGAUAGAUAAUCUGAAGUGAAAAGAUUUCCUGUGUGACCAUUCAGCUUCAUUAUUUCUCUCUCCACCUUUGUGGACCAGGUAGAGCACAAAGUGAAAUACACCAUCUUUUGUCCUGCUGUCGAGAAUGUGGAACAACCAAGCAUUAGAUGAAACACUAAUGGACUAGCUCGCUUCUUUGCCCCCCCCCGAGAAAUCCUUUGGAUGAAUAACAUUAACGGAGGAGGUCUGAACAAUAGUCGGCUCCUGGUUUCUAUGACUGAAGGCACAUGCUGUUCUCCCCCCCCCCAUACAGCCAAUGCCCCAACAAGCCAUUAUCCUGCAACAAUUUGUCUUCAGAUAAAAGCACUUAACAUCGGAUUAUAGAAGAUUAGUCGUCACUUACCUGAAUAAAUGCUUCAUGUAGUCCAAUACUGCAGAUGGAGAUAUAUUCCUUGGAUAAUGUUUGUUUUUUGGGGGGAAGGGGAUUUUAAAACCAUUUUUUAAGUGUGGCCACAUACUGUAGUUAGAGCAAGCAUCCUUUUUACCAAACAUAUGUAAAACUCCUUAAACUGGUAUUUUCCAGCAGGCCUGAGAAGUGAAACCAUGAAGUGUUCGGUCAGGAUCAUUCAAAGAACACGUGCCUUUUAAUAUGUCAUUUAAAGCCUACUUCCUUCUCACAGUAUAUCUAUUAAUGACUAAAUUCUUUUUGUAAUAACAAGGCUGGUUUGUGCUUUUAAUAAAAGAGCUCUGUGCCAAUAUUUAGACGAAUUUAAUCCAGCAGUUUAACUGUUUGGAUUUUACAGAUUAGAGGACUAACAGCCUUUACAUGAUCACACAGCUGAUUAUUUAAACUCAUCAUAAAGACUGAAAGCAAAGGGUAUAGCUGGCCUUUCUCUUCCAGUGUUUAACCCAGAGAGGGUGUAUGAGCCAUUCUGCAGCUUUUUUGGUUUGUAAUGUGCAAACUAGCCUUUGCAAACAACCAAAAUUUUGCAGAGUAAGAUUUUUGCAGUAGAAUUUAACAUCAGAGCGUGUAACUGGUCAAGAAUAAGCUCUGUAUAUUUUUUGCAUACACUCUGGGUGUUUGUCACCAAAAAUGUCCCAUUAAAACCAAUUUAAACAACCUUUUUUGGUCCUCCAGCCAUUAGAGUAAACAUACAUGCAAUUUCUGAUAUUAGGCUUUUAUUUUGGAGUUAUUGCUUCAAAAAUUCUGUUUUUCCUGUUCUUUACCAAAUAACAGCCUUUCUUUCCAUAUUUGGCAUGAGGGGAAAUUGCAUGAUUUUUCCUGGUUUCCUAUAGAGGCACUAUUAUAACAAUUUAUUAAAUUCUUAACAUUAAAAAGUAAUGCAUUAAAGUCACAUAGUCAAGGCUGUUAUAAACCCUUUUAAUUUAUAAAAAAAAUUUUAGAUUUGUGUUUUUUUUUUUUUUUUACUUAACAA